AUUACAGCGAUGCUCUUCCAAAGUACAAAACCUCGAAUCUCCUCUGUCAUAUUCCCAUUCCCAACGAGAAGAAGCUCAGAGAUCGCUCACUGAAUGGUUUAAAUUGUAAUUUUGAAGAUCAUCCUCCUGCGGCUUACAGUCCCUCAGAUCUCCCGUUAAGCUGUACAAUUACAACUCAGCUUUUCAUGGAGGGAGGGGGAAGUGAUAUGACCGCUGCUGCGCCUUUUGCCAAGUGGAGAAGUGAUUUUUCGAGGACUUUUCAGUACUAUCUGGACCGAUCGACACCUCACCCGCUUCAGAGGUGGCUAGGAACACUUGCAGUGGCAACGGUUUACGUUUUGCGUGUUUACUCUGUAAAAGGGUUUUAUGUCAUUUCCUAUGGCGUGGGGAUCUAUGUCUUGAAUCUCUUGAUUGGUUUUCUGUCACCAAAGAUUGAUCCAGAGCUCCAGGCUUUGGAUGGGGCUUCUCUGCCAACAAAAGGUUCUGAUGAAUUUAAACCUUUCAUGCGCCGCCUUCCAGAAUUCAACUUCUGGUAUUCUAUUACAAAGGCAUUUCUUGUUGCAUUUGUCCUGACCUUCUUUCCUGUAUUGGAUGUGCCUGUGUUCUGGCCAAUAUUGCUCUGCUACUGGAUUGUACUAUUUUUGCUCACAAUGAAGCGACAAAUCCUACACAUGAUCAAGUACAAAUACGUCCCGUUUGAUAUCGGAAAACAGAGGUAUACUGGUAAGAAAUCAGCUGGAACAAGUAGGGGUUUAAGAAGAGAUUAAAAGCUAUAAAUGCGUUGAGUCCAGAAAAAAAGAGGAAAAGAGAUGCUGAAGACCUGUAAUAUUAUUAGGGUGGAAUGGGAAAUUCGUACUUUGAACAUGCUUGUAUAUAUUUUCACGUUCGUAGGAAACAUGUACAUCACCAUGAAUAAUUGGGUUUGAGAACUCAUUUUCAGGCAGAAGGGUCCCUCGUAGCUUUUGCAUCUUCUGUAGUUGAGCAAAAACCAAUCUUGGGUCAAUUGUACGAUCCAUUCUUGUUGAAUUAAUAUAUUUUUUUAAUCUUUUUGAUA